AUGACGGACAGCGAGGGUGUGCUGCCUUCGGCAGCUUGGGCGAGACUAGUGGCGUCCGGUCAUCGGGCGUCGUUUGGAAGUGGCCGGUCUGUCAUUACCGGCCUUCCUGGCUGGGGCACCGGGCGGUGGCUGCUUCUCAGAAAAAGGUCUUCGAGACCGAGCAAAGGACAGUGAGGAGAAUAGGGCCCACUUCCACGCUUUUGUGUGAGCCGUGACCCCGCCUGCUGCGGGGUUUGCCGCGGUUCGCUCUCCGAGCCUCGGCCCCAGUCCUCUGUCCCCGCAGCUCCCGGAGGCGGCGCCCUGGGCCUUGUGCGCCUCCUACACCGAGGAGACAGGUCCCAGGUGCCCCCGCCCACGGCUGGUCUGAGGGGUCGGCUGAGCCCGUUGGACCGGCCUCUGUCGCCACCUCUCGCGGUCUAGCACUGCCCACUGGGCCCCAUGGCGGGGCGGGCGCUGGCACUGGUAUCUUUUGAAGAUGUGGCCAUAACAUUCACUGGGGAGGAAUGGAGACAUCUGGACCUAGCCCAGAGGACCUUAUACCAGGAAGUGAUGCUGGAGACUUGUGGCCUCCUGGUCUCACUGGGCCAUCCUGUUCCCAAACUAGAGCUGAUUCACCUGCCAGAGCACGGGCAAGAACUGUGGACAGUGAAGAGAGGCCUCUCCAGAAGCACCUAUUCAGGUGAGAAAGCAAAACCCAAGACCACAGAGCUUACUGCUCCUCAGCUGGCCCUCACUGAGGAAGCCCCUUUUGAGGAACAAGUGACACAUGGCACCUCAAGGCAUUCCAGGUUGGGGCAAGUGAGGGAUCAGGAAGGACUGUUGGAAAUGCAGGAAGGGAACUUGAGGCCAGGAGCAGACCCCAACAAGGAGACAUGCCCUAGGAAACUGAGCCAUAAACAUGGUGAUUUGGAGACAGAUGAUAGUCUGUGUUUAAGGGUUUUACAGGAGCAAGUCACUACACAAGAUGCUCUACAUGAACGUGAUUCCCAAGAACCAGGAAAAGACCCUGUGAUGGAUGCAAGGAAUAACAUCUACAAAUGCAAGGAAUGUGGAAAAGGUUUUAGCAAGAAUUGGGCCCUUGUUAGGCAUCAACAGAUUCACGCCGGAGUGAAGCCUUAUGAAUGCAGUGAAUGUGGGAAAGCUUGUCGUUACAUGGCAGAUUUCAUUCGACAUACGAGGCUUCAUACUGGGGAAAAACCAUACAAGUGCACUGAGUGUGGUAAGGCCUUCAAACGCAGGUCUCACCUCACAGAGCACCAGCGUAUUCACACUGGAGACAAGCCCUAUGAGUGCAAAGAAUGUGGUAAAGCUUUCACCCACCGCUCCUCUUUUAUCCAGCAUAAUAUGACUCACACUAGAGAAAAGCCCUUUUUGUGCAAAGAAUGUGGGAAAACUUUUUACUACAGUUCUUCCUUCGCUCAACACAUGAGGAUUCACACUGGAAAGAAACUCUACGAGUGCAGUGAAUGUGGAAAGGCUUUUACUCACCGCUCCACUUUUAUCCAGCAUAAUAUGACCCACACGGGAGAAAAACCCUUUUUGUGCAAAGAAUGUGGAAAAGCUUUUUGCCUCAACUCAUCCUUCACUCAACACAUGAGGAUUCACACUGGAGAGAAACCCUACGAGUGCGGUGAAUGUGGAAAGGCCUUUACUCACCGCUCCACCUAUGUUCGGCAUAAGAGGACCCAUACUGGAGAGAAGCCCUUUGAGUGCAAAGAAUGUGGGAAAGCCUUUUGUGACAGUUCUUCCUUAAUUCAACACAUGAGGAUCCACACUGGUGAGAGGCCCUAUGAGUGCAGUGAAUGUGGAAAGGCGUUUACACACCAUUCUGUUUUUAUCCGACAUAAUAGGACCCACAGUGGAGAAAAACCCUUGGAGUGUAAAGAAUGUGCAAAAGCCUUUUACUACAGCUCUUCCUUUACUCGACACAUGAGGAUCCACACUGGAGAAAAGCCUUAUGUGUGCCGAGAAUGUGGAAAGGCCUUUACCCAGCCGGCAAAUUUUGUUCGGCAUAAUAGGAUCCACACUGGAGAAAAACCCUAUGAGUGCAAAGAAUGUGAGAAGGCCUUUUGUGACAACUUUGCCUUAACUCAACACAUGAGAACUCACACUGGAGAGAAACCCUUUGAAUGCAGUGAAUGCGGAAAGGCCUUCAGCCAUAGUUCAUCCUUCACUCACCAUCGAAAGAUUCACACCAGAGUUUAAAUGAUGUAGGAAGGCCUUUUGUAAGUGUUCACUUCAAUCAAUGUUUGUGAACUCCUGCUGGUGAAUACCUUUCCUUUUGGAUAUAACUAUUCAGGGAAGUCUUUUGGCCAGAGGAAUAUCUUACUCAGUACCUGAUAACCCAUACGGAAGAGGAGCAUCGUAAUUGUCAUCUCUGUUAAAGCCUUUUGUAGCAGGUCAUCUAACGGGUCAUACUAGGAACUGACCCAGCCUACAGUUCUGCACUGCGCCUGAGAGUCAUCCACAAGAGAGAUUCCGUGUUUAUCAUGCAUUUGGGGGGAAAUGCCAGCAACAGGUCUGCCUAUGUUUACACUACAAAGCCAUCUCAAGAGUAUUUUAAAAGAAUGAAGAGAUGUAGUAAAGGAAAAAGAAAUACAUGUGUGGCUUUCUGAGUUCCCUACCAAGCGUCUGACAAUUUGUCGUGUGUGUGUGUGUGUGUGUGUGUAGACAGGGGGAUGAAGAGGGAAUGAGAGAGAAAAAGGUCUCAUCCCUUUUUUUUAAAAUAUAUAUCCAUAGUCGGGAGAGUGUGACCAUUGAUGCAGCUCUAACAUUUAUUAAAAGUUCUCUAUUACAAAACA